AAAAUUAAUAAAUAUCCCCCACUGGCAGUUCGUAAACCCUCUCAAACCUAGAAAACCUAGCAAGGGUUUUUGGAGAAGAUAAAGCAGAGAAGCAGCUCUCGACGAACCUCCUGAAGGUUCUGACAAUGGCUUUCAUCAGUAAAUUGGGGAAUGUACUUAAACAGACUGUGAGCGGACGUGUUAAUUCUGAAUUGUCAGCAUCAAAUCCUUCUGUUUUCCAAGCCAUAAGAUGCAUGUCAUCUUCGAAACUCUUUGUUGGAGGUCUUUCAUAUAACACUGAUGACCAAGGCUUGAGAGAUGCCUUUACUGCUUAUGGGGAGGUUAUUGAAGCAAGAGUAAUCAUGGACCGUGAAACGGGCAGAUCUCGAGGCUUUGGCUUUGUUAGUUACACAUCUAGUGAGGAGGCUUCUUCUGCCAUUCAGGCUUUGGAUGGGCAGGAUCUUCAAGGCCGAAGGGUAAGAGUGAACUAUGCGACAGAUAGGGCAGGGGGAUUCCGCAGUGGUGGUGGUGGCGGCUAUGGUGGUGGUGGUGGCUAUGGCGGUGGUGGCUAUGGUGGUGGUGGUGGUGGCUAUGGCGGUGGAGGCUAUGGCGGCAGUGGUGGUGAUAACAGCUAUGGAAGUGGAGGGGGCAGCUAUGGUGGUUCUGGAGGCAGUGGUUUUGGUGGUACUGGCAACUAUGGUGGUGGUGGCGGUGGAUAUGGCAGUGUUGGAGGCUAUGGUGGUGGAGAUGUUGCUGGUGAUGGCAGCAGUGCCGGUAGUGGAAGUUAUGGUGUUGCAGGUGGUGGUGAUGGUAGCUUUGCAUCUGGCUCUUUUGGUGGCAGCACUGGUUUUGGUGGUGAUCAGUAUGGUAGCAAUCUGGACAAAAGCGCAGUUCCUGCUGAAGGCCAUGGCCAGGCUGACCCAGAAGGGAGUUUCAUGGACAAUGAUGACGAGCCUGAUGAUUAUGCCAACAAGAGGGGCUGAUUAAUCAUACCCAAUUCUUCCACCACCACCAAUGGGAAAUAUAUCUUGUAGAGACUGAGCGAGAUGAGGAAUUGAU